AUGUGGCUUCUAAUCUUUGCUCCAAAAAGGGCUUUCCCGAAAAUCGAAAUCCUCCGCGAAUACCACAAUUUGCGAGCCAUGGUGGCCGCCGUAUCUGGAGAAGCUCCGGAACCCCAAAACCCCAAAACCGCCGCCGCGGCCGCGGCCGCCGCCUCACAAAACGAACAUCCGAAGAGGCCGCCAUUGUUGCCGUCGGAGAAGGACAACAGCAAUGGAGCUCCAAACAAAAACCCGAGGAAACCCAAAUCGCGAGUCGUCUCCUCGAGAUACAUGUCCCCCUCAACUUCCUCCACCUCCACUUCAAAUUCAUCCUCGAUCUCCUCUUCAUCUUCUUCCUCCUCCUCCUUGUCCGCUUCCAGAAGGUUCCCCUCCCCUUUAAUUUCCAGAAACUCGAACCCUCCAUCCAGCACCCCCUCUCUGCUACCCAAGAGGUCCGUCUCCGCCGACCGCCGCCGCCCGACGCCGCUUCGAGCGGCGGCGAGACCCCUCCUUCCAGAUCUCGACACUGCCAAAAACAGCCACGCCCCCGAAAUCUCGUCCGCCGCCAGACUCCUCGUCACCUCCACCCGGAGUUUGUCCGUUUCUUUUCAGGGGGAAGCCUUUUCACUGCCCAUCAGUAAAACCAAGACAACUCCAUCUUCCCCUAAUUUGAGCACCGUCAGAAAAAUAACUCCCGAGAGGAGGAGAAACAGUACCCCUUCCAGAACAAAGGUUGAAGGAGAUCACAUCGAGAGUUCUAAGCCGUCCGAUCAGCACCACCUGUGGCCCGCCAGAACUCGCCUUGUCACAGCCACUUCAUUAUCAAGAAGCUUCGACUGUACUGGAAAUUCAAAUGGGAAUUCAGUUGGUAAUAACGGAUUAUCUCUCCCGUGCAAUCAAAUCCCGUCCGAUUCAGACAGUGUCUCAUCAGACAGCACAUCGGGGGCCCAAGAGUGCGGCUUAAACGGGCCCAAAGGCCUUGCCAUCUCGGCCCGUUUCUGGCAGGAGACCAACAGUCGUCUUAGGAGGCUGCAAGAUCCGGGCUCGCCUUUAUCGACUAGCCCCGGAUCAAAACUCAUUGUGCCGCCAAAAGUGAAGAGGUACUCGAGUGAUGCCACGCUGAUGUCAUCGCCAAGGACAGUUUCGUCCCCUUUGCGUGGGGCCACUAGGGCUGCUUCGCCUGGGAAACUCAUGAGCCCUUUGCGUGCUCACAGCCCGUCAAGGAUAAGAAAUGCGGUUAGCACGAUUUGCAACAGUUUUCUGGACACGCCUUCGGUGCUUAGCUUCGCGGUGGAUGUGCGGAGGGGGAAAGUCGGGGAGAAUAGGAUAGUGGAUGCGCACUUGUUGAGGCUUUUGUACAAUCGGCACUUGCAGUGGAGGUUUGUGAAUGCGAGGACUGAGGAUGUCCUGCUCGUGCAGAAACAUGGAACCGAGAAAAAUCUAUGGAAUGCUUGGAUAGCAAUAUCAGAUCUUCGUGAUACUGUGACCAAAAAAAGACACAGAUUGCAGUUGCUGAGGCAGAAAUUGAAACUAGCUUCCAUUCUGAGAGGACAAGUAAGCUUUAUUAUUCCCCUUUUCUUUUUUAUGUAA